AUGUACGAUCUAUGGUGUCUUUCUAGGCCUCAGAACAGCCCAACUGAAGAGAAGGCCUGCAAGUGUGUGCAGUGUGGGCUGUGCUUUUCUCAAGCAUCUGAGCUUCUUAAACAUCAGCAAAUCCACACCAGAGAGAAACCUUAUAAAUGUCUGGAGUGUGGCAAAUCAUUUAAUGAAAAAUCGACCCUUAAGAACCAUGAGAAGAUUCACACAGGAGAGAAACCUUACAAGUGCUGGCAAUGCGGGAAAGACUUUACUCGCAACUCACAACUUAGGAUCCAUGACAAGGUUCACACAGGAAUAACACCUUAUAAAUGCUUUGAGUGUGGAAAAUGUUUUACUUGGAGUUCAUCUCUUCGGAGCCAUGAAAAAACACACAGAAGGGAGAAAAACUGUCUAGAAUGUGGGAGAUGUUUUUCUACCAAAUCAACCUUUUUGCAACAUCAGAGAAUUCACACUGGAGUCACACCCUAUGAAUGCCGAGAAUGUGAGAAACGAUUUCUGGAUUCUUCUGAACUUCAUAGACACGAGAUGAGGCACAAAGAGAAACCCUAUAAAGGUGAAGAGUGUGGGAAAUGCUUUUCCUGGAAGCCACAUCUCGGUUCAAACCAAUGUGUCUCCACAGAUGAGAAACCAUACAAGUGUGGGGAAUGUGGGAAAUCUUUUGCUCGAAAGGGAGGACUUUGGGAACAUCAGAAAAUUCACACAGGGGAAAAGCCCUAUCAAUGCAUCGAGUGUGGAACAUUUUUUCGUACAAUAUCAGGCCUCAGACAUCAUGUGAAAGUUCACACAGGGGAAAAGCCCUAUCAAUGCAUCGAGUGUGGAACAUUUUUUCGUACAAUAUCAGGCCUCAGACAUCAUGUGAAAGUUCACACAGGGGAAAAGCCCUAUCAAUGCAUCGAGUGUGGAACAUUUUUUCGUACAAUAUCAGGCCUCAGACAUCAUGUGAAAGUUCACACAGGGGAAAAAAAUUACAAAUGUUUAGACUGUGGGAGAGCAUUUGCUUCUCAAUCUUCCCUUAGAAAUCACAGCCACCUAACACAUAUAGGGGAGACCCCCUAUAAAUGCUUGGAGUGCAAUAAAUGUUUUUCUGGGAAAGCAACUCUUUUGAAGCAUCAGAGAAUUCAUACUGGAGAAAAACCUUAUCAAUGUCUGAAGUGUGGGAAAUCUUUUCCUCACAAAGAAUAUCUUAGAAACCACGAAAGAAUUCACACAGGAGAGAAACCUUACAAGUGUGGGCACUGUGGAAAGUGCUUUACUUGCAACUCACACCUUCAUGCCCAUGAGAAUAUUCACACAGGAAUAAAACCUUAUAAAUGCUUUGAGUGUGGAAAAUGUUUCACUCAAAGUUCAUCUCUUUGGAGUCAUAAGAAGACACACAGCGGGGAGAAAAAUGAAAAGUGCCUGGAAUGUGGGAAAUGCUUUUCCGAGAAAUCACACUUGGUGCGACAUCAGAGAGUUCACAUUGGAGACAGACCCUAUGAAGGCACAGAAUGUGAGAAACAACUUGUGAACACCUGUAAACUUCGGAUACUUCAGAAAGGGCACAGAAGAGAGAAGCCACAUAUAUGUGCUUUUUGUGGGAAAAGUUUUAUCUCAGCAACACAGGUUCAGAUUCAUCAGAGAAUCCACAUGGGGCAGAAGCCAUACCAAUGUGGGGAGUGUGGAAAAAGUUUUACUUCAGCAGAGCAGGUUCCAAUUCAUCAGAGAAUCCACACGGGGGAGAAACCGUAUAAAUGUGGGGAGUGUGGGGAAUGCUUUUCCCGAAAACAAUACCUUGCACAGCAUCAGAGGGUCCAUACAGGAGUGACGCCAUACAAGUGCAUAGAAUGUGGGAAAAGUUUUACUCAAAAGGCAAGCCUUUCGAAACAUCAGAACAUUCACACAGGGGAGAAGCCCUAUCAAUGCAUGAAGUGUGGAACGUAUUUUCGUAGGAAAUCAAACCUCACAUGUCAUAUGAAAAUUCACACAGAGGAAAAAGAUUACAAAUGUUUAGACUGUGGGAGAGCAUUUGCUUAUUCGUCAUCCCUUAGAAAUCACAGCUUAAUGCACAUAGGAGAGAGGCCCCAUAAAUGCUUGGAGUGCAAUAAAUGUUUUAUCAGGAAAGAUAGUCUUUUGAAGCAUCAAAGAAUUCAUACCGGACAAAAGCCUUACCAGUGCCUGGAGUGUGGGAAAUCUUUUCUUUACAAAGAAUGUCUUAGAAUCCACGAGAGACGUCACACAGGAGAGAAACCUUACCAGUGCAGGGAAUGUGGGAAGUGCUUUACUUGCAACUCACAACUUUGGGUCCAUAAGAAGAUUCACACAGGAGAGAAACCUUACAAGUGUGGGCAAUGUGGGAAGGACUUUACUCACAAGUCAAAGCUUUGGAUCCAUGAGAAGAUUCACACAGGAAUAAAACCUUAUACAUGCCUUGAGUGUGGGAAAGGUUUCGCUCAAAAUUCAUCACUUCAGAGGCAUAAGAAAACACACAACAAAGAGAAAAAUGAAAAGUGCCUAGAAUGUGGGAGAUGUUUUUCCGAGAAAGCACACCUGGUGCGACAUCAGAGACUUCACUCCGGAGACAGACCCUAUGGAUGCCCAGAAUGUGAGAAGCGAUUUGUUGAGUCUUCUGAACUUCGGAGACAUCAGUUCAGGAGAGAAUUCACACUUGAGAAUAACCUUAUCAAUGUGGCAGACGUUUUUCCUGAUAAGGAGAUCUUCAG